GAACAAGAAGAUAACACCAAUCCCCUAUCGUAGCUGAAACACGUGGUAACAGUUCAUCCCAAUGAUAUUUAGACACGUGUCCACGAUCCCAAGUACAAGGGAAAAUAAUCUUCAUCCAACGGUUCACAAAUCUUCAAGAGUGAUUAGCACGGAGCUCCCAGAAGAUCAUAAACGGAAUUUUCGUGUUGAGACGAGAGCGAGGGUGAAAAAAAUGGCGAUCGGAAUAAAGGCGAUGCCGUUUUCUUAUGUCGCACACUUUUUGGCCAUAGUAGGUGCAAUUUUAGUGCUUAUUUGGUGUAUCGGCUUCAGGGGAGGUUUAGCAUGGGAAGCCUCUAACAAAAAUCUCAUAUUUAAUAUUCAUCCUGUUUUAAUGCUUAUAGGAUUUAUCAUCAUUGGAGGUGAAGCCGUUAUGAGUUACAAAUGUCUCCCGUUGAAGAAGCCAGAGAAGAAACUAAUACAUCUAGUUUUGCAUGCUCUUGCUCUCAUACUCGGCAUAAUUGGAAUAUACACAGCAUUCAAGUUUCACAAUGAAAGCAAUAUUGCCAAUUUAUACAGUUUGCACUCUUGGCUUGGAAUUGGUGUUAUUGUUCUCUACGGCAUUCAGUGGAUUUAUGGUUUCCUCAUUUUCUUCUAUCCUGGAGGUACAAUGACAAUCAGAAGCGAGUCACUCCCAUGGCACAUUCUGUUUGGCAUUUUCGUGUACAUUUUAGCUGUUGGCACUGCUACACUAGGAUACCUCGAAAAACUUACGUUCCUCCAGAACUCUGGUCUCGGAAAAUAUGGCGCAGAGGCUUUCCUUGUCAACUUCACAGCCAUUAUCACAGUCUUGUUUGGGGUAUUUGUGUUCUUGACAAUUCUUUCUCAGCCUCCUCAAGAAGAUGAACACAGUUACUCAGCUAUAUAAUGUCAUCUACAGUUGCUCUGUCUGUGCUUUUCUUAUAGUCCUCUUGUAAUAUAAGGGUGUGAGCUAUUUCUCGUUGUGAGUAUAUAUGUAUUUGCAUACGUGAAACUUGUUUUCCAUCUAAUUGUUCUGCAGUUAAAGUUAUCAUUUUGUAACAA